AUGGCUGAUAUUGACCAUUGUAUAGCACGCAUUGAUAACGCGUUGGAAAUACUGCUUCCAACGAGCUUGGAUGAGGUCUUUAAUGAGAUAGACCUCGACGCUGAGUUCGCCACAGAGGAAGGAGGCAGCGCUACCGCUGUAGGCAAUGCCGAAAGCCUCUCCAGUAGCAGCACUUGGGUACCGGACCGGAACGUUACUAUCAGAAUUCAGCCUGGCGCGGCCUCCUUAACACCGCAAGAGCGAGCAGGAGAGAACGAUGCAGUGUUCGAUCAGCUCAGAGAUGACCUGCGUCUGACACGGGCCCGUAGAUGGCAGACAUGGCUCGACCGUCAACGAGACGCUAUGACUGAGGUUGUCGACUCCCAAGGUCUCCGAGGGAAAAGCUUGCCUAUUGGUGUCCCGCUGUCGGGGCCACAAGAGAUCUACUCUAGUCCGGAAUCCUGCCUAGCAUGGCUCGAGCAUAAGCGUGCCGAACUGGACCGAGCGGUUGGUCGUGCGCUAAUCUCAACCUUCAAUACUACACACAGAUCGGCAGAGGCUACCAGGCGACAG